CGAGAAUCUGCACGCCGUAGUGGUAGUAGUAGUAGUAACAGUAGUAGCAGUAGUGUAUUAAGUAAGAGCCACGUACUCCAUUGCUGACGAGUAUCAAUUAGUGACAGUCGUGAUCGCAGUGAAACGCCACAAUAGUACGGUGCAUAAGGCGAUCAAGUCUGUCUGUGCCUGUACUGUAGCUAUGGUCUACAGUUACCACAGCUAGAGUGUGAUAUGUAGAAGUGCGGCAUGGUCAGCUCGGGAGGCGCCAUGGCGAUGUUUCUAGUGCGGAUGAUGGGUCUACUCUCCCUCGAGUCGGCCGUUCAGGAGCACGAGAGUAGCCUUAACGUUACCGGGAAUACUACAAUCCUUCCCCUCCCGCCAGAACAUAGACUACCACACGUCCUAUCCUCCCAAACUUCCCAAAUAGCUCCCCCAGUACCGUCCUCAGUGUCUCCAGCAACUGUCCUACCUUCCCCGACGGCUACAAGGGAGAGUGAAGCGCAAGGAAGUCUGAGUAGUGCAGUUACCCUUUCCGCCGGAAUAGAAAACGUGCAUCCCGUGAGUAGUUCCCCAGAAAAUGGGAAGGAAUUGCCCACCCCGAGUCCUCUUAGGGAUGCGCGGGUGGAGGAGGAGGAGGAGGAACAGGUAGGAAGUGAGGGAAGUGAUGAGGGUGAAGGAAAUGAAGGGCGAAGGGAAGGAAGGGAUGCUGGUUAUCCUUCAUUUCUCUCUACUUCUGUUUCAUCUUUAGCUCCCCCUUCUCCCUCUUCGUCCUCUUUGCCUUCGUCUUCGUCCUCUUCCUCCUUCACUGAGUUGCGUGCACCGACCAGCACCUCCACCACGCAAACACAUGCACAAAUCCCCUCUCCAGGCCCUCUCAGCCACCCUUCAAACCCUCUCACUAACUCGCCAAGCCCCCUCACCUCCGGGAGCCCUCUCACAACGACCACACGCACUCAGACCUCUCAAACUUCAUCCUCUCACCGCCAGCCGCCUACACCGCGCCCUUACAAAACGUCCAGUCCACGCAUCUCCUCAGCACUCCCACUGACGCCCCUUCCACGCCCUAUUACUCUCUCCCCGCGCCCGCAACACGCCCCACAACCCCGCCUCGAGGCUCUGAUGGAGGACAACGAUUCAGAUUUCCUCAUGGAGCCUCACAGACAGCCAGACGUAGACGAGAUGGACUACGAAGAACUUCAGACACCCACUUGGCUCACCACGGCCGUUCCCACUCUCUCCUCUCGCAGCCUCGUCAGCCCAGUGCCCGUCAGAACUCCACCACAUAGACGCCCGCAGCCACGCCACCCCUAUCCGGUAUCUUCAAACCCAAGAACCCUUGCUAGACCCCGGAAAGUCCCAGCAGCAAGACCUAUUCCCCCACCACAUGUCUCCCCACCGCAUCAUAUUGUGCUACAGGCUCCCGCACCGCCGCCUGCACCACCGCCAUCGCCACCGUCUCCAGCACCUCAAGCACAGCCGCCACUAGAACCCCUGCCCUCAUCCACGCCCUCAGAGUCCAGCACGUCCCAACAGCACGUCGCUAAAGUGACGCCUAAUCCUCUGUUCUCGCCUCACUCCGCGCCCUCUGUCCCUGCACCUCCAGUAGACCCACAAUCCCGCCACGAGGAGUACGAAGAAGGCUACGAUUAUGAGUAUGACGAGGAGAAUGAUGCCAGGUUCGAGGUGCAGACGAGCGAGCCUCAAGUGCUCUUCGUGUUCGACAAACCUGGGUACUCCCCCUCGCCCCCCACCACCAUGGCCCCGCCCACACGAUCUCCGACUCCAAGUGACCCCUGGGACUGCGCUCCGAGAUGCCCGAGGUACACGUUGCUGGAGUGGAACAUGGACUACGACGUGCGCCUCUACCCUGACACACUGUGGGUCAGCACCGUCAUCAUCUCAGAGAACCGCGUGUUGGCUGAGCUGGAAGGAUACAUGAGAGUGCAGGACUACUUCUACGGUCUCAACGAUCAAGGUCUCGUGCUGAAUCUCACCGUGCCCUUCGUGACUCAGAUUAAGUUCGGGCGCCACCCCGGAGUGCUUCAGGAGACCAAUGACUUCACGGUGUCUCUGUACGUGCAGCCCAGCUAUUACCACCUCGGGGAGCUGCCUACGCCCAUCAGCAACGAGGUGCUGGUGGACGAGCUGGAGGCGAAGACAGUGUUCGUGCACAGCUUCGAGGCCAACGUGUGGGAGGUGACGGAUGCACUGCUGGAGGAGAAGGUCAAGACGUUCAUGGCGCAGCUCAGGCAACACGGGGAGGCAUUCCUUGAUCGCUACUACUACCUCGCCUCCUACAGCAGGCCGGAGUUGUACCAGACUGUUUACUAUGAAAUUUGGAUCUACGCGACAAAUUUCCGGAAUCCACAGCCCCACACCAAGGCAGCGCCCCCGCAAAGACGUCCCCGAAUCAACAAGGUCACUCAGCGCACCCUCACUAAGCUAUGCAGAGGAGUGGAGUGCCCGCGGUUUGAGGUUCUUCGCACGUUCAAGUACGGAAUCCAGAAACGCCGCUACUUUGACGCCCUGUUCGCCUCCACGUCCCCAGAUGAGUGCCACUUCACCACCACCUCCAUCUGGAAGGGAUUCAUGCCCCUGCACCUCUACAAGCACGGCAUCAACUCUCACAUGGAGGUGCUUGAGGCCACUCGUCCCAUCGCCCUGGUGCACGUAAGGACCUCGCCAGCAGUCCACCCGGAGUGUCCACAGAACCUUACCAUGUCCCUCUAUCUGCCACGGCGCCUCCAUUCCAAUCCCCCGCAGACUGGCUACUCAGCGGUGGGUGUUCAGCCCAAAGUACACAUGACAUCUAUGAACGACGUGAUAGUCUACGCAUAUACUGUGGGCGGGUACCUGCUGGAGCCCGCGCGCGUCAGACAGGAGCUGGCUGACCUCAAGCACCGCCUGUCGGAGUUCGGCGCCUGCUACCGAGAUGACGAACAUUAUGUGGUGAUCUAUGACUUCAUUGUGAGGUACCACGGGAGGCAGAACGAAAUUUGGGUUUUGGCUGAAAAUUGCAAAGCGACCCACAACGGCUGACUGGGGGUGAUUUAGGAGGGGAGGGGGGAGGUGGGGCGAAAAAAGGAAGAAGAGAAAGAAGAGUGGUAAGGCGACUUUAGAGUAUUUAUAAACACGCACGCACGUACGCACACGCACGUACACACACACACACACACACACACACACACACACACACACACACACACACACACACACACACACACCUUAUCAUCACA